GGAGCAACAAGGUCGGAACUGACAGUUUGAGAUGAUUGAGAAGAAUCGAUUUGAGGUUAGCAGUUAGCUCCUAGCUUCAUUAUUGUGAUGUUUGUCAUUUUUAAAGUGCUAGGAGUUGGCAAAUUUUGUAACACCGCAAACAUAAACAAUAUUUCCCACAAAUGUGCGGUGUCGCAACUGAUGAGACGAAUACUUAAUGCCUCAUAAUCAUUAUUCUAUACAUAUUGCCCUAGCAACGCAUAAUUUUAAAAAACUUGUGACGUUUGACAGGUGCCACCUCACCUAAAUAAUCUUACGUGGUUUUCCCAUAAUUUUCGAUAUUUUUAAAUAAUACAAUGGCUUUAGAAGGGCCAACGGCCAAUGUAGAGGUUUCCCCCGCAUUUAUAGAAAGUCUGCAAACUGAUUUCAAGAGCUUAGCCAGUGAAUCAAAGAAAAAAUAUCCACAAGUCAAAGAGGCAUGUGAAGAGGCAAUAUCUAAGCUAAAAAGUAUUCAGUCAACCCCACAGUCUUCAAUUACCUAUGUUGUGAACCAAAUGAUCUACCCAUUAUCACAAGGAUGUGAAACGAAAGAUGUCAAGCUCAUAAGGAUAUGUCUUCAGAUAAUGCAAAAACUGAUAACAAAUCAGCUCAUUGAUCAGAAAGGUGCUUUAUAUAUAACUGAUACGCUAUGGGCUUUGAUGGAACUAGGCAUAGAAGAGGUGAAGAUCUUACAGACUGUUACUUUGCUACUUACCAUCAACACAAUUGUGCAUGGGGAGACACUUGCUAGGACAUUAGUAUUGUGUUUUCGGCUCCACUUUGCUAAAAAUUCAACCACAAUAAACACUGCUGGUGCCACAGUGAGGCAGUUGGUUUACCUUGUGUUUGAAAGAAUUAUUGCCGAAGAUGAGCAGUUAAGCAAAUUGGAAAACCCACCCCAGAGAGCACCUGUUAAUUUUGAAGAAUUAAAAAUUCCCAGUAGUCAACCUCCAAAAGGUAAUUGUUUAGCUCCAUGUGCAGGAGAUGCCUUUUUGCUUUUUCAAGAUUUAGUACAGUUAGUGAAUGCAGAUCAGCCAUAUUGGCUUAUUGGAAUGACUGAAAUGACUCGGACAUUUGGACUUGAACUGCUCGAGUCUGUUUUGACACAGUUUUCUUCAAUAUUUUACAAGUAUGCAGAGUUCAGUUUUCUACUAAAAGAACGAGUUUGUGCUUUAGUCAUCAAACUUUUCUCACCAAAUAUCAAGUAUCGCAGCAAUGUACCAAGCAGCAUACAGCAAGCCACACCAUUUGAAAAGCCUUACUUUCCUAUUAGUAUGAGAUUGCUCAGAGUUGUGUCUAUACUUAUCCAAAAAUAUCACAGUCUACUGGUUACAGAGUGUGAAAUAUUCCUAUCACUCAUAGUGAAAUUCUUAGAUCCAGACAAACCAACAUGGCAAAGAGCAUUAGCUCUGGAAGUUUUGCACAAAAUGUCUAUUCAGCCAGAGCUUCUUGUGUCUUUCUGUGAAUGUUAUGAUCUGAAUAAACACACCACCAGUAUUUUCCAAGAUAUAGUGAAUUCUUUAGGUGCUUAUGUACAGUCACUCUUUGUUAGCCAGCAGCUUCAAAUGGGAUCUGGACUGUCUCAAGGACAACCUCAGCUUCUGAUGGGAGGUUUACCAAAUGGUCCUGGUGUCACUCCACAACCUGGGUUUCUUCUGAGAGGUGUAUGGUUACCUCUAGUAGCAACUUUUCCUACCGGACAAGCAAAAGCCACAUAUUUGGAGAUGCUGGACAAAGUAGAACCUCCUCUAGUACCUGACGGAUACGGCAUUUCCGUCGCUUAUGCCUGUUUGAUGGAAGUGAUCCGUUCUCUACAAAUCACAAUCAGCCCUCAGCCUCAGCCAGACAGUGAGCCCUUACCACCACGUCAAGAAAACAGCCGAGAACUCAACAACCAGCUGAUCAACUCCAGUUGGUGUGGACUUCUAGCUGCGUUGAGCCCACUUGUAGAUGCCAGUACUGACGAGUCGAUUACAGAAAAUGUACUGAAAGCCAUACAGACCUACACAGCCCUUUGUGGGCAGUUGGACCUUUAUACACCCAGAGAUGCCUUUAUUACUGCUAUCUGCAAGAGCUCGCUGCCUCCUCAUUAUGCUCUUAUGGUGUUGAACACAGUUACUUCGGGAGUUAGUUUGAGACAUGGUAAGAAAAGUCAUCGGGAGGUUCAAGAAAUGCCAAUGGUUGUUCAAUAUGGAGAAGGCGACUACAGGCAGCAGGUAGUUGCAGUUGGUACCCCCUUACCAACAUCUUCAGUUCCAGCAGGUACCCAACAAGGUCCAGUUAUGCUAACUUCAAAGAACCUGCAGUCAAUGAGAGCUCUGUUAAACCUAGCACACUGUCAUGGAAGUAUCUUGGGAACCUCUUGGCAUCUGGUGUUGACCACUUUGCAACACCUUGUUUGGAUCUUAGGACUAAAACCAUCAACAGGUGGUAGCUUGAAAGCAGGGAGAGUUAGCACCGAUACAAACGCGGUCAUAGCAAAUUCGGUGAUGGCUGAUCUACCAGUAUUGUCCACUAUGCUCAGUAGACUGUUUGAAUCUAGUCAGUAUUUAGACGAUGUAGCUUUACAUCAUCUGAUAAACGCCUUGUGUAAGUUAUCUCAAGAAGCUAUGGAGCUAGCUUAUUCUAACAGAGAACCAUCUUUGUUUGCGGUUGCCAAACUCCUUGAGACUGGCUUAGUCAAUAUGUCAAGGGUGGAGGUUCUGUGGCGACCUUUAACCAACCAUCUCCUAGAGGUUUGCCACCAUCCCCACAUUAGAAUGAGAGGUUGGGGCGUUGAAGCUGUUACCUACCUUGUCAAGUCAUCUUUGAUGUUCAAGCACGCAGUUCCUCUGAAAGAAAACCAGAAACUUCAAACAUUGUUGUUGGGACCUUUGUACGAACUUUCAUCAGUGCCUCAUGGGGAUGUGAGGCAAAAGCAACUGGAGUGCGUUUUGCAAAUAUUGCACACAAAUGGAGAGACAUUGUCCCAUGGUUGGCCAUUGGUGUUGGGAAUUAUUGGGGCUGUCAAUGACCAGCAUGGGGAAAACCUUAUACGAAUAGCCUUCCAAUGUCUCCAACUUGUUAUAACUGACUUUUUACCUGUGAUGCCUUGGAGAUGCCUUCCACUUUGUGUUGAUACUGUUGCCAAGUUUGGAUCGCAAACCCAAGAAUUGAAUAUAUCUUUAACAGCUGUCGGCCUUAUGUGGAACAUUUCGGACUACUUUCAUCAAAACCAAGGGAAACUGAGCCAGACAUUAACAGACGACAACACAGUGCUUCCCGAUUUUCCUGGAACUCCGAAUAUGCCCAGCUUCGAUAAGCUCUGGAUGUGCCUAUAUGCGAGACUGGGUGAGCUCUGCGUAGAUAUCAGACCUGCUGUCAGGAAAUCUGCAGGGCAAACCUUGUUCUCCACCAUCUCAGCCCAUGGCGGACUCCUGAAACAGCCAACUUGGCAGGCGAUACUUUGGCAGGUCCUUUUCCCUUUGUUGGACAAGGUUAGGAGCUUAUCGAAUUCUGCGAGUAGUGAAAAGGUUGAUGCUGGAGGAAACAUCUUGAUCCACCAUACAAGGAAUACAGCUCAAAAACAGUGGGCUGAAACCCAGGUACUGACCUUGUCUGGAGUAGCCAGGGUUUUCAACACAAAACGCCAACUGCUACAAGCGUUAGGCGAUUUUCCAAGAGCCUGGUCGAUUCUCCUAGAAUUUAUUGAAAAUGCUGCCUUGAGCAAAAAUAAUGAAGUAUCCAUAGCAUCGUUAAAGUCCUUCCAAGAAAUAUUAUUCAUCAGCAAAAACCAAAAUAAUGACAACAAGUUUGCUGAAGACAAAGAAAUAUGGGCAGUUGCAUGGAAGGUGUGGGUGAAAAUUGGAACUGAAAUCACAAUUCCUGUAGCAGAAUAUGAAGGGCAAGAAGAAUUCUACUUGCCAAGUCAAGCAUUCCUCACAGCUUUGGUACAAAUAUUUCCAAGUGUAUUCCAUCAUAUCAAGGGCAACUUCACCCUGGAUGAUUUGAAACAGCUAGGUAUGGUGCUUUCAAACACAGUCAGUGUUCCCUUCUAUGGUGAAUCAAUGCCUUACAUAAUCUCGGCAUCAUCAGAUCUGAGCCUAACUCCAUUGAAUGACGGGGUGUUGCAUGUUAUGGAGCUUCUACAAAAAGAGGCUAUGCUCAGAAAUAACUCAAAAAUGAUCCCCGAGAUAUUCAAGCUGCUCCUAACUUUCGCAAAGUUCACUUGUUCUCCACCGGUAUUGUACAAAGACAACAAAGGAGGGAAGCUCACAGAUGUGGUUACCAUGAACUAUGUGCCCUUUGGAGAAAAGUCGAUCACAAUGGUUGUGAAAUUGUAUGAAAAAACGGCAGAACAUACAGAAGUAAUCAAUGCGAAUAUCCUCACGGAUAUAAUAGCUACAUUGCACACCCCUUUGGCGUUGAAGUAUAACUGUGUUUCUGAUACUAUUUGGAAACUAGCAGCUAGCAGUCUUAUCACAGUCUUGAAGGUUGGACUGAAGGUGGCAAGGGUGCAUAGUAACCAGUUCUCGUCGAUGUGGAGUGAACUCUAUAAUACAUUGAAUGAUUUUCUAUUUCCCACCACGUGUGCCCCAGGAGACAAAGGCUUGGAUGAAAUGGUGUCAGACGAAGCAACAGAUUGCCAAAUAAUUGAACUGCUCCGUACCGAAGUGCUACCAUACUCUAAAACUAUUCCUAAAGACUUCAUCAUGCAGGUUGUGAUCCUCCUUAACAAAGGGUCUAUCCAUUCAGCAACGAAUGUCAAGACCGACGGAGAUAUUGAACUAUCUCUAAGAGAAGAGUUUGCGAAGACAUGUUUCGAGACCUUGUUGCAGUUCUCUUUGAUAGACGGAGGGAACAGUGGAGUCAUGAUGAAUGGUGAUGAUAAGAACAUUGGAAUUGCUGGACAUCUCGCUGUCACCUCCUUGUUACAUCGAUUCCAGGAGGUUCUGAAGAAGUACAUUGACGACGAGAAACUCAGCGGGAAAUGCCCGUUACCAAGGUAUCGGCUCUCCGAGAUUUCCUUCGUUUUGAAAGCACUGACCACUUUAAUCAUAUCGAUGAAAAAAGCAACGACUGUUAAAGAAGACAAUAAGGCAUGGGAACAGCUGAUCAGUUUAUAUCCCUAUUUGGUUGAGUGUACCACAACUACUUCUACCCAAGUCUCACGACCUCUAAGGGAAGCACUGUUACAAUUCUGUGAUCUUUUGCAACCACCCCUCAAUAAAAAUAACAAUGUGAUGAAGAUAUCAAACUGACUGAUAUAGGAGACCUUGGAAACAUAAUUUUCAUUUUUGUACCUGUUAUUGUAUCUGCAUUUGAUUUGUAGUUGAAAUUUGGUAGUCUUGGAAAAAGCAUUGUUUGAAUUACUUUGUUCUCCAUUUUUUAUGAGAAAGCUCUUGAAUCUAGCUAAAUAUUGUGUUGAUACCAUGUAAAUAUGUUUAGCUGUAUCUAAUUUUGCAGGGUAUUUUAUACAGUGGGUCAAGAAAAUAUCGGCACACCCCAUUUUUUUUCUUAAAUCUCAAUAACGAAAAGACGAUUAUUUUUACUACAUUUAUUUGAAAGCAUCCAAAUAGUAGUUUAAUGGCAAUAGAUUUAACAGAUUAAAAAUAAUCUGAGAACAAUAAUAGGAAUUAUGAAAUCCAAUGGUCAAAAGACAAGUAAACUUUAACAUUUUUUUACAGCUAGUAUUUUGUUAUUUCUAUCAGUUAUGGCGUGAAGCUGGCUCAUGGAAUUUCUGAGUUAUUUUUUGGUCUAAUUUGGUUUCAGAAAUUUUAUUCUUUGGGAUUUCAGGUACCGCUAAUGUUCAAUGGGAUUGAUAUUCAGGGAUUGUGCAGAAACAUUGUAGAGUAACCAUUAGUUUGUUUUAGUGGCGGUCUGCUUAGGAUAAUUAUCCACUGACAGAUCAUUGUUUCCCUGAUCCCCAUGGGGAUGGGACCAAAUUGGACCAGAAAUAUCCAUACCAUGAUGACUUCAGGUCAUAAUUGAUACAGAUGGCAUAACAGCAAAGUACGAAUUGUAAACAAAUUUUGUUUCUUUACACUUGAAUUUAAUAAUUUCUAUUAUUUUUAGUUUGCCAUCAAAAAUGCCUAUUUGAAUGUUAGUUUUCCAAUAAAUUUAGUAUCAAAAAAUGUAUCUAUUCGUUAUUGAGAAUCACUGAAAAAAUAGGUUUUUGACCUGCAGUAUAUUAAAAGUCAUUGGGAGCAACACUACAUUUCACAUUUAUAAAUUCUGCUAUGGAGAUACCUAAUAGUGCUUUUUUCUAGAUUCAUGUGUUUAAAUAAAUUAUUGGAAGAAGUACUUGUUUUGUUAUCUCUAUAAUAUUGAUUACUUAUAUUUGACAGGUCUGAAAGAGCAUCAUGAUGCUAUAAAAUGGACAGAAUUUAGUAGGUAUUUUCAAAUGUAUUCAGAAGUUGAAAAAAGAAUAUUAAGGUGUUUACUUACUGUGUAGGAUUGUAAUAUAUCUUGUUUUUAUAUACUCCAGCUACCACAAGGGCCUAAACCUAAACACCCAUGAGGUACCGUGGGGCUAUAGGGGGAAAAGGGGGGGACGUCACACGAGGGAACAGGUGUGCAUGCUGCAUGCACACGUUCUGGUCCCGCCUAAGAGAUCCACCGGGUGGUACCUUCGCGUACGACAGUCAGAGACCGUCUAGCACCUAUGGACAAUCACAACAUCCAUAUCAGAAGACAAAACGUUCACCACUGCGGCUACCGCUACUGCCUGAUUUUUUUAAGGGUGAAUACUUGUCAGAUCCGUGACCAUAGUAUUUGUUUGAGCUUCCCGUUGAUAAUUUAUCUGUAAAUAUUCCGAAAAAAAAUAGAAUGCUCAGACUGAUUGCUAUGGAAGUUACUAUUUUCUGUCUAUUUUCUAGUUGAAAUACUGUGGCUGUUGUGGCUCAAAUGGAUCAUCUACAAGCAAUCAGAUAAAAUUGAAAUGGUUUUUUAAGUUUCGAAGAAGGUUUUGGUUUGACUGUUUCAGUACUGAAGUUCGUAGUAACGACGAUAUUUUAGUUGAUAUACAUAUUUUAUGUUUUUAUAAAUAUUCGUAGAAUUUUGUAAUUUAUUUUCAGCUCACUGAUAUAAAUUGUACAAGGAGCAUUACUAUGUUUUUUCCACAUUUUGUACCAUUUCAUAAAAAGUAUUUAACUACGCAAACGAUAGUCUUGUCAUUAUCAGUAUACUAUCAUUUAGUGGUUCCAACGAAUUCAGACUAGGUAAAACGAGACAGUCAAGGACUUGUUUGCCUCCUUAUUCUCAUAGUCUGUAGAGAAGACCAAAGUGCACUUGACUUAAGAUAAUUUUUUUACAGUUGUAUCAUUAAAUCCACAGUUUUAUUAUUUUUUUUAAAGUGCGAGUGUUAGCAGAUAAUUGUGCUGUUAGACGAUUUCAAAACUUACUACUUCUUUCAUAAUUUGCAAAGAGCAGCACAAGCCUAAUGAAGGUAGAUGUUUCCAGUCGUCAGUAUUAUUAUUAUGUUGAUACAACGCUGUCACUUUGUUAGGCAUUGGUAGACAAAUGAGUCAAAAGUAUGCACCAAAACUACGCAAUUUUGGCGACAAUGCAAUGUGAACAUACAGGGUGAUUAACAAGUCGUGACCAAAAAUAUCAUACACAUGACCGGUCUUCCAUGUAACAUUUUUUCCUCGAGGGCUUGUUGAAGUUUAAAAAUAAAAAACAAUUUUUUUUAAUAUCUUCAAAACCGUCAUCUGGAAUGAACUAAAGUUUGGUAUGUUGAUUUACCCAAGUAUUUUCUAUAUACAAAAUUCUUUACUUAAAAUUAAGGUGCACCAGUGGCAAAGAUACAGAGGAUUAGCGGCAUUAUUUUUCCAAAUAAAAAUAGUACGCCAAUGUUUUUUUUUUUCGAAAUGCGCAAUUUUUCAAAUUUGACCUUCAAUUUGUUACAAAUAAUUCCUCUUGUGUUUUCCCUAGAGUGGCAUUGUUUUCGUAAAAAUAAAAAAAAAACAAAUUAGAUAAUCAAAGCUUUAUUCCAAUAAAAGUGCGGCAUCUUUUUAAUAAAGAAAAACGUAUUUCCGCCUAAUUUGUUGUGGCUUGAAUAUGAUGAAACGCAUUAUAUAUUCUGUCUUGUAACUGUGUUGUAUUAAUUUAUUCAGCAUAUACUAGUUGUUUAAAAGCCCCCCACAAAAAGAAAUCCAAACCAAGAGACCUCGCAGGCCAAUGGCAACUGGGCUGCAAUCCGCCUAGUACUUGUACUAGGAUCAUCCAACGCCAAAUUAAACACUUACAGUUCCUCUUGAACAGUAUGCCGGACACCAUGGCCUCUAACUCCUGGAAGUUUGGCAAUUCUAUAUUGCCGAAGUCUUGAAAUGGACGCGUAAAAAUCUUUGGGGUAGGAUGGCGUCUAAUAGGAAAUCUAUGUUGAUUCUCCCGCUAAAGCAUUUCCAUUACAGAACCCGUACACAAAAAUAAUAUCGGCGUACUCAUCAUUGCUAAAUUCUACUUCACAACACUCCAAAACGGAAAAAAGAAACUUUUAAAAAAUGGUAGUAGUAACGAUCACAACCGUAUAACACAACUUUGACAAACUGUCUCCCAAGAAACGUCAAGUUGGUAUCAAGGCCUCCUAUUUUAUUUUGAAACUAAUUGCAUCUCGGCUCUUGAUGAAUGAUCUAAUUUGUUUUAUUUUUGCUCCUAAUCUAUUCGAAUUCGUUGAAUGGCACCACUGAAUAAUAUUGAUUCCGUUAACAGCUUUGGGUGAAACACUUUUUUUCCUUAGAUUAAUUUUAAAUGUGAUACAUCUUAUUUGUAUAUUAGUUAAUUAGUUGUAUAGGUUUUAAAAAUAAAUGUAUCUAUAUACCAA